AGAAAAAACACAAUGUCUUGGGUUUCCUGUGUUUCUGAACACAAGCGCAUGCUUAUUGACGAAAACUGCUGGUUACACGAAACAGGCUCAUGGAAAAAUAAAAACAAGAAAUGAAAUGAUAUCGGCAGUGAAAGCUGAAUAAGCAAUGAAGAAAUUGUUUGAGAAGGCAAAGCUUGAGAUCAAGUUCAGGAAGGCUGGAGAGGGRCAUACAUUAUCGGAGGACAAAUCUAGUAGGCCCUCAACAUCACACUCUAAUACAGGACCUACAAAUAGAAGUGUACCUUGUACUAGUGCACAGAGGGCAGGGGAGGCGGCCCUUCAGAGGUUUAGCCAACAAGAGAAAGCWUCCAAUAAAAAGCCUCAGUCAGCUACUGCGGCAUGGAAACAUGAAUCUCAACCUCAACCCAGCUCAACAAGCAGCUCGAGYUCAUCAUUAGAUUUUAAGAAGUUGAAAAAUGAAGUUCAAAGGGAAAUAGAGGCGGAUAAAGCAAAACAAACUGCAUCAUCUACUCCUGUUCCUAGAUUGACUCCAGCAGAGGCUCAGGAAGUAGAUGGUGCAUUAAGGCUUUCUGUGGAUGGCAUAUWYCUAAAKUGCCCCAURUGUUCAGUUAYUGCUCUUAAAAAAGACUUCAACAMUCAUCUCAAAGAGUGCCUGGAAAYACAAUAUACACAGAAUCCACAGUCGUCUGCCGCAACCAUGAUUCAUUCUCUAAAUUCAGAUAAAGAUAAAGUAAAAGCUUGUGUUGAUAUUAUUUGUAGAUAUAUUGAUAACGUGUGUAAGAAUCCUGGCGAAGAAAAGUUUAUGAAAAUAAGGCAAAGUAAUAAAAUAUUUCAGGAGAGAGUUGCACCUGUAAUUGGUUCAGUAGAGUUCAUAGCUAGCUGCGGAUUUGAAGAUAAAGAGCUUGAAGUAGAAGGUAAAACAGAAAAGUUCUAUAUCAUUCCUGCUGACAAGGCUGCYGACCAUGACACAUUGCAGACCUACAAGUCCAUCUUGACUGACACACAGCCUGUCAAAGGCACAUUAGAUAGAAACUGUAAGAUAUACAAACCUACAUCUAGGACUAUGCAGUUUGAAUUACCUGAAGACUUCUUUAGCUUGACUUCAGAUGAAGURAAGAGAGAAUAUCAGAACAAAUUAGAUGAAAUUGAAAAAAAUUCUCAGCUUAGAACCAAAGCAAUGAGAGAAGCAGAGAAGAAACCAAAUAAAAGUUAUCGCUUCACCUUGAUUAGGGUGAGGUUUCCAGACGGAACUAUCCUACAAGGAACAUUUUACACACACGAAAAGCUUCGAAACGUGUUUUCAUUUGUUCGUGAAUCACUAGAAUCAGACUGGCAGCCAUUUGUGCUGAGUGAGCCAACUGGUCAACUAACAAAAGAGGAAUCUACACUCCAUGAAUUAGGACUUGUUCCUGCUGCCGUAGUCAAUUUUGCUUGGGAUGCAARCAUAAUGGCAGACAUUGUUGCUGCUACUGGUUCAGUUCAACAGGGAAGUUAUUUGAAGAAAGACUUGAUGGCCUCAAUUCAAGAACUUACAUAGCAAUUCAACUAGAGUGAUGGCAUUAAAUCCAUGAAACAAAGACUACUUGUUGUCUAAUGGUAGUUGUUUAACAACUGUAUUAGUCCCAAGAUAAGUUAUAACACAAUAAGUUAUAAGACUUAAUUCCUUUGUGUUUCCCUUUCUUGAAAACAAAAAAGUAAAAUCAUGGAUUCAAUGACGUCUCUCUUUGCCGGCUGAAUAAUAGUUUCAGGGAUUCAAUUAAAUUCAUGGUGACUAAGAUAAUAAUAAUAAAAUAAUUAUAAACAUCCGGAGGACUACAACUCUUGCAAUUCAAAUCUCUUUAUUUAUUGUAACAAGAACUCAUUGUUUAUUCUAUAUUUUUUUUAGUCAUGUGGACAUUUUGUUAUAAAAAUUGAUUGAUGAUAUUAUUCAUUGCAAACAGAGACGAAAAUGGUUGUUCUAAACUCCCUUGCCUUUGUUGGUGAAAACGUAAGCAUUAAACUAGUCUGACUUUGA